AGGCUUGAGGGCGUUGCCCGGCUCAAGGCGCCAGGCCGCCGCGAGCGCGCAGCCGGGUAGCCGCGCGCCCUUCCGCCCGCUGCGCUCACGGGAUGUCGAAGCUCCAUGCUCACUUUAUCCGCGCGGCUGCCAGCAAGGACGCCUGGAAGCAGGCAGCCCCGCCCAGGGCGUCCGGAGCCUGGCGUGGGCCCACGGCCUCGGCGGCUCCUGCGCCGCGGACGACGCGCGGGGCGUCGCGGGGAUGCUGUACGCGGCGGGCGGGCCGGGCCACACACUGCGCGUGGACCUUCGCGGCCACGGCCGGUCUCUGCGUCCGCAGCGCCCAGGCCGCGCUGUGCCUCGGUCCCCCUGCGAGAGCGGGGGAAGGUGCAGAGCCAGGCGCGGCGGGCGCCUGCGACGCCGAGCUCCACGCUUGGCCGGCCGCGGGGGCCGCCCUGCGCGCGGCGGCGCACGCGGGCGGGGCGCGGCGGGCAGUCUUUGGCGGCGAGGCGGCAGGGGCUUUUGCGGCGCUGCAGGCUGUUGUCGGUGCUCCAGAGCCAGCACACGCAGCGGCGGCUGGUCUCAUAUUGAUGCGGCCUCCUACUAUUUGGGGUGAGCGGGAGGUAUGGCGGAGACGCUACGAGACAGCUGCUGGCUGGGUGGAGAAGGACGGCUUUGAGGGCAAGGACGUCCAGUGGGAAGCCAAGUUGCGACUCACAGCGGCCAGCUAUGCAGGGAAGCUAUCGAAGCAGGAGCGAGAGGUCAUCCUCGGCGAGUGGCGCGCCAUGGGCGCCCCGGCGUACGCCGCGGCCCUCCGAGGCCUCGCGGCGUCGGAGCUGCCGUGCGACAGCGUGCUCAGAGGCUUGCAGCUUCCAGUUCUCGUACUUGCUGUUCCUGGCGAUGCCGAGCACCCCGUGCAGGCGGCGGAGGACCUUGCGGCCAUCAUUCCUGGGGCCAGGCUGGCGGUGGCGCAGAGCUUCCAGGAUGCCUUCGAGACCUGGCCCCUGCUCAUCAGGGAGAUGCUCGACUCGUUGGCUGCCGACUGAUCGGGCCCUGGUCGGCAGUGUUGCCCGAGCGCGGCUGCACAAACAGUGGCGGAGUGGCGACAAUAUGGGUCGAAGAGUUGGAGUAGGAUGGCAGCACCUUUGCGCAGGGAGCGUCUGCGUUGACAUGCUUAGACGGUGGA